CCCAAAUGGUAAAUUAGUUGGAUAAAACCUUACGAGUUUGUUUGGUUCCAAAGUUAACCACAAAGUUUUAAUGCUUUUAUUGCAUUGGUCCAUUUCAUUUUUGUAGCAUGGAUGAAUGAUAAAUGUGUCAAUUUAAUUUGGACUUCAUUCAUGGUAAUGCAUGAGAGGAUGGAAGUACUUAUGAUAGUCCUUCAUGGGCUCUAAGUAACGGUGGAUUGGAUAGUAAUAAACUAUCUAGUGGGAAACUAUGAACAAUCAUAGGUGUGUAAAACCUAUGGCGUGUGGCAAGUGGGGACUUGUGAGUCAAGUCUAACUAAGCCAGAAUGUUUGCCAAGAUUAUGUUCGAAGUAAGUUGAACAUAGUACGAAAGAGUAUACCUCCAAUGUGUUGGAGAUGAAAUUUGGUUUAUGCACGUUUAAAGGAUUGCAUUACGAGUAAGCCAUAAGCGAUAAGGAAUUCUAAUUCCUAAGAUGCUUGUGAUGACAUAAUAAUUUGUUUAUUAUGUAUGUGGUUUAGGACUUGAUGUUUCCUAUGCCACGAGGGCAAGGAAAAAUAAAGCUAUGAUUGAUCAUUAUAGGGAUCUAAUAAGCUUGCCAAAUGAUGGAUGUCAUCAAGAUAAGCAUUAGUUCAUAAUUGUUUAUGGUAUAAGUACACUAUACCAUUGGAAAAUAAUUUGACUAUGAUUAUCGACGUGGAGCUAGUUGCCAGAACUGUUUAUGGUAUAUAUAGAUAUAUAUCAUUGGAAAACAUUUGGCAUGAGAGCUCAAUUGAGAUGAUCUUAUUGAACUUAAAGUCAGGAUUACUUAUGGUAUAUUUAUGAAGUUUAUACCAUUGGAAAGUAAUUAGACAAUUGGAUAAGAAAUUUGUUUGAAUUACUUGUGGUAUAUCAUGUUACACAAAUGAAAUGUCAUUGGUAAGUAAUUAGAUGGGAUUUCCAUUACUGGAAUGCAUCUGAAUUACUUAUGACUUCUCAAGUUGCCUUGAUCAAUACCAUUGGUAAGUAAUUAGAUGAUAUUUCUAAUAAAAUCUGAAUUGUUUGUGGUAUGCUAAUCGAGUGAGAUCAUACUAUUGGUAAACAAUUAGAUACACAUAGUGGUUGGCAAGUUCAAUAAGUAAAACCAUGGAAAAUAAAUGGGAUUAUUCCAUGAUGUUUGGCAAAGGGUAGAGUUGUGAGGGAGAAAAGCUAGCCAUUGUUUCGGCUACUAUCUCAAGACCCUACAAUGGGACGCAAACCUAUCCAUAAGACAAAAGUGGAAAGGUAAAAGAAGUCAUACUUGAAAGUAUGAAGGUGUCCAAUGAGAAAGGGAGAGUCCCUAAACCUUGUGGAGUUAACCUAGUCCAAGGGUAUAACUUAUGAGUAAACUCUAGCAUAUAUUGACGUUAUGUCAGAGAGCUAGAAUAUUUAUUGAUGUUGAUCCACUCUUUCCAAAGAGAUGAUUUUGACCAUAUGCAUGUAUGUAUAUGAACAACAUUCCCCAAACCGGAAACGUUGGUUUCAGCAACUAUGGCAAAAUAGUUGAAAUGUGGGGGAUAAAUUGGGGAGAAGUGAUGUAGAGGAAUGUCGCUUGGGUGAUUCCAAAGUGAAGUGAUGUGAAUACUUAGGAGUUCUACGUAAACCCUAAGUUAAGUCAUAGAUGUCACUACAUUUGAAGAGAUACUUGUGAAACUCAAGUGCUCUAAGGUUAAUGAAGUAGAGAGACUUCAACACCGUUGGCAUGCGUUUUGAUUAUUGCAAGGCAAUAAAAUCAAGGCAAACACACAUGAUGUGUAGUGAAUCGAAAAGAGACGAGUCUUUGGUGAAUUUUACCCAAAGGAACUCACUGGGUGAACCAAAAGCCAUAGUCCAUUAAUGGAUAGGCAUUUAUGGUUAACGAGGAGCAGUAUCUUGGAAAAAAUCCAAGUUAAGACCGGUGAAGUUGAGUAGUUUGGCCCGCAAAGAUUGGCGUUAAUAAAACGCAUUUGUGCACAAAAUGGUUAUUGAAAGGGCUAGAAGUGUUAUGUGAAAAUCUCGUCGUAGAAACAUAACAUUAUUGAUUGGUUAAUUUCCAGCGAAGUUAUCGGAGAUGAUCAGUUUAGAUCAAGUGAUAACAAACGUGGGGCCCAUCUAGAAAUUAAUUUAAGCAUCAAAGGGAAUGUACUCGUGGCCUAGGACAAAUCAUCAUGGCGGUAACUCUACCUAAGCAGGAUGGGCAGACCCAACCUCUAGGUUCAAGGAGAAAACAAAGUUGUGAAUGAUGGUCCGACAUUGUCAAAUUAUUCAAAGUCCUUUCUCAUGAUGAGACAAUGUCCAACUAUAAGGGUAACUACAGAUGGAAGUUUUUUAAUGGCUUCUAAGUUUGACACAGGAUGUGAUCAAAUAGUGUAUUUUUGGAAUACAUGUUUAGAAAUCACCUAUGUGAGUGUGAAGUGGAGCCGCUUCAAGGAGAAUAAAAGAAGGCCAGUUCUCUAAGCACUCAUGAGACCAGGCGGUGUUCAUGGCUAAAACGAACACAACAAUGAGAACCAGUGAACGGAUAAGAGUCAGUUGUGUGACAUAUGUUGUUUUAGUAUACAAGCAAAACCGACGGUUCAAAGAUAUCACAUCUACCGAUUGGUGAGUAUACUCGAUAUAUGUUCACUAAGGAAGGUUCAAAGGGAAACCUACCUAUUCCGAUGCAACUAAUUCUUAGUCGAGAAUCACACGAUUUUUUGCAUAUUUUUUAAAGUACAACAUUCUCCAUUCAUGUGGGGGAUUGUUGGGAUUUUUAGUGGUGUGAAUGGAAAUAAAAGGGGAAAGUUUCAAGAGAGUGUGGUUUUUUACAUCGGUUUUUUCCCGGUACCAAAAUUCUGUCAAAAUCCAAAACUAGUAUUCUUCAUUCUUUUUCAAAGAGAAAAACGAGUCAAGUAUGGUUCUCGCCGGUUCACUGUGUUCGAUGGGUUCCGGGGUUUGAGGUACCGCUACGGCGGAAAAGGUACGUCCUUUCUAUCCUGGGAGGAAUCAUUCCAGAACCUUGGGUACUUGAGGGGAAUAAGAUUCCUUAAGAAGAGAUAGUGAAUUCUAUCGGCUAGGAUGCUUGCAUGUGUCUUUGAAUUUUUUUUCUUCUUAAUCUUAUGUGUUUGCUUGUGUUGCAAGAAAAUAUUGUUCACAUAUACUAUUUUCUUGCAACAAUAAUUAUGUAUGAAUUCUUGAUUUGAGUAUCAUCAAACCAUAAAAUGCAACACCUAAGCUAAUACGUGGAGGAGGUAGGUUGAAGAUAGAAUGGGUUGUAGUAGCCCCUAGAUUUAAAAUAUAGAUAAAAUUACAUGUAAAACUCGUAACAAAUUUAAGAAAUAAAGUAAUCAACGAGACAUUAGCCCCCCCCCCCCCCCCCCCGAAAUAUCACAGUUCAAGUCAGCCCCCCCCCCUCUCAUCGAGACCUCCACCACUGCUAAUACUUAUUAAAAAAAAUGACUGUUUUAAGUAAUGUGUCUAUAUUUGUCGAGUUAUGUCGAUACUAUUUGAAAUUUUAAAAUAAAAUUAUCAAAUAAAACCUCUAAUUAUAAUGUCAAGCCAACCAUCAUCCUAAACAAAACUAGAAUUAAGAUCUCAAAAGUAAUCUCAUCCCUAGUAAAUAGAAUUAGCAAUCCUGAUGACGAGCAUUUCUACUAUGCUAUAUAGCAUUGGUGCUUUAAUGUACAACUUGAAGUUGUACCAUAACCCCUCAUCAUAAUCUCAGAUUCGCUGAACAUACUGGUCAUUUCCCAUUGAGUAAACUAUGAAGUAUUGUGUAUGCAUACAUCACAACAAUAAAAAGGCCAUAUAUUUCCACAAUCCCUAAUACCGUCGAGUCCUAUGUGCUCUUCCUCUAAUCCCGCGCAUUGAGGCUCUUCCAGUUCACUUCCCCGCCGCACGGACAGUCGGCCACAGUCGACCCACGGCGACUCUGCUCUGCGCCUCUCAGUAUCACCGGUUUCCCGAAUCCGACGCCGUUCCUGGUUUAGAAAACUCUCACCGGAUUUCACUUUCGGCCGGUAAUACCCCUUCUUGUUUGAUUUUUUAUUGGAUGAGUUUGUGGUUUGUUCUCUGCUAUUCAGGCCGGAGACCACAAGGUCUUUCCCGGAGACUCCGGUGAGAUGCGAGAUCGGCGGCCAAAAUUUUGGGUGGUGCCGACGUACCGUUUCACCUGACUACCUCUCAUUAAUGUUAAUUAACAUCCCACUUUUUACUGCCUGCCAUUAAGGGCUCUUUUACUGCUGGUGUCUUCACUGUUAAGGCUUUUGAAUUGUUUAACGUGUUUGAGUUUUAAUUCUCCUUUAUAUCUAUUUAAUAGAAUUGGUAUUUUAGUCUUUAAUUCAUUUUUACCGAGGUCCAAUUGCUGGAUAUGCAACUUCAUCAAGCGGUUCAAGCAUGAGCUGAAGCUGCAGAGGCUCGAGUCGUUGUUGCGCAGCAGAGAGUUACCCGGCGACUGGCUUUGUUGGGCCGAUCCUGCAUUCAAUGCCCCUCCGUUAAGAAUUAAAACUCCAUUUGUUGGAGGUAUUCGUCCGUUUCGGACGAUUAAAGCUUUAUUAUGAGCUUUUAAAUCAUCAUUCAUUUGAUGUUAUUAGGGGAAUAAUUCCCUAUUCAUGUGGGUCAGCGCAAUUAUUUUCUUUGUUGACCUUUUGAUUGGAAGCUACCGGCAUCUAAUUUAUUUGAUGGUAUUAGGUGCCCUACAACGGCUCUAAAGGGAAUAGAGUUUUACUCGACAAUGGCAAGUUUCGUUAAUAGUAAUUAUAGGCCUUCAAUGUGUGCUUUAUUAGCAUUUAAUGGGUAUGACUAACCAAUGGGAUACACGCAAGUUUGAUCUUUUACAUAUAAAUAAACGAGCUUUUGAAGUGGGGUGGAUAUUUGGUCUCCCAAAUUGGUUUAAUUGAGAUUAUCUUAAUUAUUUGGAAAAAGACUUGGAGUAUCCAAGUCCCGCCUAAGUUCAAAUUUUUCAUAUGGCAAUGCCUCAAAGUCAUACUUCCCACAGUAGUGACCAUUCAAUCUCGUGGAGUCAACUGUCUCAACCGAUGCUCUGUCUGCUGGAGACAUCGAGAAAGCAUUGAACAUUUAUUCUUCAGAUGCCCCCUAGCCACCAGAUUGUGGACUUUAGUGGGGUUGAGCAACUUUAUUGAGACCGCCCAGACUGUUAACUUUAGUCUACGGUGGCGACAUGUCAUGGUCUCCGAGACCUCCCAAUUCCACAUUCUCCAAUGCGUCUGUUUACUUUGGAGAAUCUGGAAGUCUAGAAUUAAAGUGACCUUCGAAUUUAUCCAACCCCAUGUCCGUUCCCUAGCCAGACAGUUCUACAACCAGGUCCUCGAAUUGUCCAUUCUUCUUCCUCCUCCUCCGCCCCGCAGCUCUCUAGUCCCAGUUCAUCCUGCCACCACUUGGGUCCCUCCACCAGAAGACUUUUUGAAGAUCAACGUAGACGUAGCUGUUUGUGCCACCGGUUGUUCGUCUGGGCUUGUUAUCCGUGGGCCAGACGGGCAUGUGGUGUUGGCGCUCGGGCUGCAGCAUCAAGGAAUAGUCUAUCCUUAUAUGGCAGAGCUUCUAGCUUUUAGAGACGCCAUCUCCAUCGUAGCCUCAAGAUCCUUGACCCACGUGAUAGUCGAAGGUGAUUCCGAAGUGGUGGUCUACCAAGUCCGACAAGGCGUCUUUGAAGUCUCAAUUGGUGGUCUGGUGUUACGAGAGUGCCUUCAGAUCCUUAGCUCUUUGUCUAUUUGUAUAGAGUUUAGGGCGGUACAUAGAUCCUCCAAUAGUGCUGCCCAUAGAGUGGCGCGUAAAGCACUGCUUUUGUCUCGUGUAGAGCUAGAAUCUUUUGAUUUUUUGGGGUGGGUUCUUUAGAAUCUGUUAGGGGUUCCUGGGUGGAAUUGUAAGUUUAACUAUUUUCUUUCAUUGAUAUCACUCAGGAAAAAAAAAAGAAGUUGUACCAUAACAUUAAAUGUAUAAGUUAGGUUGUACCAUAAAGGAAUUUGUAUCAUUAUGUUAUGGUACAACUUUACAACUUGAAGUUGUACCAUCACAUAAGGUACAAGUUUAAGUUGUACCAUAAAAGAAUUUGUACAAAAAGUAUAGGUACAAUUUAAAGUUGUACCAUAACGCUAAAGGUACAAUUUUAAGUUGUACCAUAAAGGCAAAAACCUAUAGCACCAAUGCCAGUGGCGUAGCUAGGAUUUUGUUUAAGGUGGGUUCACCUCAAAAAAAAAUAUGAUAAAAUAGUUUUUUUAAUAUAAUCUUACAUUGAAA